AUGUACAUUUUUGUUAUACCUAGUAUUAAAUAUUAUAAUUAUAAUAAAUAGAAACACCUUUUUUUUACUAAAUUCAAACUCAAAGUAAACAAAAUACAUUUGUUUUUAUCUAUUUAUUAUAAUUGUAAAUAUGACCUAUCACAUCGUUUUAUUCAUAAAAGAAAACUCAGUAGAAGCUGUUCCAUCACACUGGUUGUCAAGUGAUGGAAAAACAUGUGCUUGGCCUAAAAGGCAUUUAGAUCCAAUCAGGCAAAUUGAGAAAAAAAAACAACCUAAUACACUUGAGUACACCUGGUUUCAAAUUCGUAUCUUAUUAGCUAAAUCUAUUUCAAGUUUAAAAGAAGCCAAAGCUAAAGCUGAAGUAGCAACUUUUACAUCAGACUUAUCUUCAAUUGAAGAAGAUAAAGAAACAAGGAAUAUUCGAUGUAAAAAAAUUGAUGAUGAUUAUAUAAACGAUGGUGAUUCUUUUUCUUUAAAAAAAAAACCUAAAAAACAUUUUAAAACAAUUCAAGACAAAAUUCUAAGCCCACCCAAGUUUAUUGAAACAGGUAACAUAGUAAAUAAUGAUGAAGAUACUGGUUCAGAUUCUGAUACUAUGUUAAUUUCAAACAUUAAAAGCAAAAAAAAGUCUCCAUUAAAAUAUUUCCAAUACAAAACCAGUAUAAAUAUAUCUGAAGAUAAAAAAAGAUCAUCUACUGAAUCUUAUUUACCUCUUAGAAGUUCAUCAAUUUCAAAAAAUAAGCCUUUAGUAUCUACAAGUGCUAUCUUAAUCUCACCAUUUGGAAAAUGGGAUGUGGACGAUAUUGACAUACCAAAUUCCAAUAAAAUUAUAAAAAGAAAGUUGGAUUUUGGGUCAACUUUAAUUCCUUCCAAAUCUUCACAAAUCAAUACAGACAUUUAUCAUGACAACAUUAAUAUUGAUAAUACUUCAAUCCAUUACACAGAUGGCAUGGAUAAUAUAAAUGUUGAUUUAAAAAGUGAUUGCCUAGAAAAGUUUAAUGUUGAAGAUAAACAUUUGGACAAUACACCAACUCAUUUUAGUACACCGUCAUCAUCUGUAUCAAUUUCAAAUAGCUCAAAAGUCCAAGCUGAAAUGCUUAAUAUUUUAAAAAGCUUGACUCGUUCUGUGACAAAUAUUAAAUAUGAUGUAAAAAAUAUUACAACUAAAUUUGACCGGCUAAAUAAUGUUUUAAGUGACCUGCAAAAAAACCAAAAUAGUUCUUCCACAAAAAAUAAUUAUUGUCCUGUUGAUGAAAGUAUUUACAAAUUUCCUUUAAUAAAUCUUGAAGAACUAAACAUUUUUGAAGAAAAAAUAGUGGACAAUGAUUUUCGACAAAAAAUAGUACAUUAUUUAAGUAGACUAUCACGUGAUAGUGUCUCAGAUAUGACACGCCAAAUAAUGUAUAAUAUGUUUCACAAUAAUUUGCUAUCAAAGUUUUCUUAUGCAGGACAGAAGCAUAAAAUGGUGUUUGCUACUCUACAUUCCUGUUCCAUCAUAUUUGAAACUAUAAGAAGUGUACAAAAACAUCGAAACUGCACGGAUCAAGAGGUUUUAAAACCUAUGAAGUUUUUCAUGGCAAAUGCUAAGUUCCGAGAAGAAAAGAAACAAAAACAA